ACACAUUUGGUAUAUAUAGGGGUCAAGACUCCAGAAUUUUAACUAGUGUAAUAUUUUUCACGUCCUUCUUUAGCAAGGCCUUACAUCAAGAAUCAUGACCAUGAUCCUUUUAGUGUGCAGUUUCCUCUAUUGGCAAUAUAGGAUUUGCAUAUCAAGAUAAUAAAAGAGCUAAUUACGUGCACUGAGCCAUCAGUAAUGGCUCUUAGUCUUAUGUUUUGAACUUGUUUAGCUAAAUGCGUAGUUAAUAUUGCCUUUAUAGCUCUCUCUUCCUCUCUCCUUCUCAUUCUCCUCAUUUCAAUUCUCUAUUAGCUUCUUUGGCAUAUUCAGUAGUGAGAUGGGCGUAAUGGGCAAAACCAGAAUGGUUUUGACGUUAACAGGCAGAGCCUUACAUGAGGCUGUGAGCUUCAUUGUCUUCACUUUUCUUGAUCUUCUUGAUUUAUUUCUAUGUUUCGCUUACAAAGUCGCAGAUUUCUUCAUUGAAGCAGAAUGGAAACCUUGUUACUGCACCUCAGCUAAAGAAGCCAUCACUAGCAGUGGCAAGAUCUUGGUCUCGGAGCAAGGCGAGUCCAAGAUUGUUUGCCUUAGUUCUAGCAAAUUAGAGCUAGAGGAGAUCUCGGACACCCUCUAUACCCGACCUUCGCUACUUUCUGAGGUUUCAAAAUUGACUGUUAAUGAGCUAAAACGAAUCAAGGUGGAGAAGACCCUUGUACAAUCCUGCGAGAAGACGAAGAAAGGAACGAUGAGAUCCACAUUCACGAUUAACUCCACCAUUGUUGAAAUGCUUCAAGAAAAGAUUGAAGGCCAGAAAGCACAUCCUAUCCCAAGAUGGUCUGACUGUGAUUGUAAACUUUGCACUAGUUGGACCACCUCUAGCACCGAAACUCUAUUUGUUAAGGCUGAAGGCGCAAAAGACAAGGCAAAAGAAGAUGUCCUCUUCAUCCAUGGAUUCAUUUCAUCUUCAGCAUUUUGGACAGAAACUGUAUUUCCAAACUUGUCGGAGGCUGCUAAAUCCAGCUACAGAUUUUUUGCUGUGGAUUUGCUAGGUUUUGGGAGAAGUCCAAAGCCAACAGACUCGCUUUACACACUUAGAGAGCAUUUGGAGAUGAUUGAAAGAUCAGUGAUGGAACCUUACAAAGUCAAAUCCUUCCAUAUAGUGGCUCAUUCUUUAGGCUGCAUUUUGGCCCUAGCACUUGCAGUAAAACACCCAGGAUCCGUCAAAUCCCUUACGCUCCUUGCACCACCAUAUUAUCCAGUGCCAAGGGGAGUCCAACCAACACAAUACGUGAUGAGAAGGGUAGCUCCAAGGCGCGUGUGGCCACCGAUUGCAUUUGGUGCUUCAAUGGCUUGCUGGUAUGAGCACAUCACCAGGACCAUUUGUCUGGUUAUAUGCAAGAACCAUAGGCUGUGGGAAUUUCUUGCCAAACUUAUCACAAGAAACAGGAUUAGGACAUUCUUGCUUGAAGGAUUCUUUAUUCAUACACAUAACGCAGCAUGGCAUACCCUGCACAACAUUAUUUGUGGCACCGCCAGCAAGCUUGAUGGCUACUUGAACGUCGUCCAUAACCAUCUAAAAUGUGACGUGAAUAUCUUUCAUGGGAGAAAUGAUGAGCUUAUUCCAAUUGAAUGUAGUUACAAUGUACAAGAAAGAGUUCCUCGUGCUCGAGUGAAGGUAAUCGAGAAGAAAGAUCAUAUUACUAUUGUUGUUGGUAGGGAAAAGGCAUUCACUAGGGAACUAGAGAAGAUUUGGAGCAGAUCAAGUGGUUAAAACUCUGCCCUUUUGCAUGUCAUAGCUAUAAUUAAGUCACCAUAUAUACAUAUAUUAAAUUCCAAUGAAGUGGAUAUAACACCGAAAUUUAAGAUUUUCUUCUACUUGUAUAAGUUUCAAAUCUCAAAUAGGCGAAGUGAAAAACAUUACCUGCCUAUAUUAUUAGGUAUAAAAUGCUUUGAUUAUAAGGAAAUCAUGAAAUGAAAAUGCUAGAUUGAAUAUUC